CUCUCUGCUCUGUUGUGUUAGGUUUUUUUCUGAAGCUCCUGCCGCCGAAGCAAACAGCGACCUAUUCAAGAUGGUGCUUCAGAACGAUAUCGAUUUGCUUCACCCACCGGCUGAGCUCGAGAAGAGGAAGCACAAGCUCAAGCGUCUCGUGCAGACCCCCAACUCUUUCUUCAUGGAUGUCAAGUGCCAAGGUUGCUUCAACAUUACGACUGUGUUCAGUCACUCCCAAACAGUUGUGGUGUGCGGUAAUUGCCAGACUGUGCUUUGCCAGCCGACCGGUGGCCGUGCCAGACUGACUGAGGGUUGCUCUUUCCGAAAGAAGGGAGAUUGAUUUGUGCUGAUUGAAACGCAUUUUCAAGAGGCUUAAUUGUGAGGAUCUUCUCAUUUUUGCAAUGGGGUUUUAGUUUUAUUUGAAGUGUAACUGUUCUGCACAUUUGCCAUGAGAGUGGUAUGCUAUGAUCUGGAAGUUUAGUGGUUUAUGUUAUUGAAUACUUUUCUGUUAGUAUUGUUGGAGAUAUGCUUUGAAAUGAAGUUCAGUGGUUAAUGUUAUCCAUUACUUUCAGUUGGUAUUGGUGGGGACACGUUAUAUAUUAGAAGUAAUUGAAUCCUUACAUGGUGAUCUUUAUGCUGCU